CAACACUGUCAUCGUCAAAUGAUGGUUGUAAUAAUUAGUCAAUCCUUCAAUCGAGUCGUCAAAAAUUAUUUACAGAUUUGACGUGUUCCGUGUAUUGUAGACUGCGUGCAUUGUUUUUCUCGAUUUAUUACUUGCUUUACAUUAAAAAUUAAAGUCUAAUUUAAAUACAUUGGUUUCUAACUUCUUCACUGUUUAAGCAGGAAUAAUUCUUUGAUAAUUAAAUAAGUGGAUCGUUUUGUGUGUGAAAGUUAAUUUAUCGGGUCGUUUUAUCCUUUGUUUCUAUUAAAUCCACCGACGUAGUAUAGUGUUAAAGAAUAUUCAAGAUGCCUAUAUUGUAUAGUGUCGUUGCCCGAGGUACAGUGCUUUUAGCAAAAUAUGCGUCGUGUGCUGGAAAUUUCACAGAAGUUACGGAACAACUUCUGUCGAAGAUACCUCCACAUGAUGAUAAAUUGACGUACUCUCAUGGAAAUUUUCUGUUUCAUUACAUUGCGGAAAACAAAUUGGUUUAUUUCUGCAUUACUGAUGAUAAAUUCCAACGUUCGAGAGCAUUCUUAUUCCUAAAUGAGAUCAAGAGAAGAUUUACGACUGCGUUCGGCGACACAGCCCAGACAGCCAUUCCCUAUGCUAUGAAUGGUGAAUUUGCCCGAGUGUUAGCAACGGAGAUGAAACACUACAGUGACUCUAAAGACUUAGACACCAUAUCUAGAGUCCACGGAGAGUUGGAUGAACUCAAGAACAUAAUGGUCAAGAAUAUUGAUACUAUGGCGAUGCGCGGGGAGAAAUUAGAAUUACUAGUGAAUAAGGCUGAUAAUUUAGCAACUGGUUCUGUAUCCUACCGCAACACAUCGAGAACACUCCAGCGGUCCCUGUUCUGGAAGAAUGUGAAGAUGUAUGUCAUAAUGGGAGGAGUUGCUGCCCUAGCGGUAUACCUGGUCGGAGCAAUGGCCUGCGGUGGCCUCAAGUGGGGCAACUGCGUAUAAACCACAACUAAACAUGUACAUACAUUUGUAAUACUAGAACAACACGUCAAUGGUACCCCUUGCCAUUCAUAUCUCUAUUUCGUACCCCAUAAGAGCGAUAUUCGUAAUGAUAGUAUUACCAUUGACGUGCGACAAUCAAACGUAUCAACAUUUAAAAACGACAUUAAAAAUAAUUCCGAUAUACUUGUGAAACUUUAUUGUUCUAUGACUAGUGUUGACUUUUUAAAACGAAUUUUUCCCUCGUUAAUGUUUUAAAUUUUUACUAGGAGCGACCAAAGUAUGGACAUGGCUUCAAGUUAUGUUAUUUAUUACAAAAAAACAAGGUCAAAAAUAGCUGCGUCAUUUCGUCAAUUUGUAUCAAUGUCAUUUUUUUAACUGACAACAAAUGAUAAUGUCUAUACCAGUUUUUUAAUACUAUGAAAUCAAUACUACAUAUUUUAUCAGUAACGCGACUCUUCUCGUCCUUACUAGAAUAUUUCAUAUUAUGUAAUCGCGUCAGUUAUUUGUAAUCUGAUAUCAUGUAUUUCUAUAUUAGAGAUAGUUAAGUAGGUAAACCAUUAUCCAUAUUUAUAGCAAUCCCAACCCAUUUAUGGUCCAUUCAAUGUUUAUCUAAAAUCAUUAGAG